UAGGCCAAUAAUUCAUUGUUCACGGUAAAGAUUACUUAGAUAUUUUGUGGUGACAAAUCCGUCCUCUCGGUGUCCAACGUUGUUUUGGUUUCUGAAAGUGCGAUUUUGAUGAGAUUAUUGCAAAAGUAAUACAAAACGCCUAAAUGUAAUGUGCAUGUGUUGAUGCGGGCGAGAUUGGAAAUGAGUACUAAGAUCAUCAAGGCGAGCGCCGCUGAGCCCGAUGUCUUCGAGACAUCGAUCUCACAGGCCCUGGUUGAGUUGGAGACCAACUCUGACCUGAAGGCGCAACUGAGGGAGCUGUACAUUACUAAAGCUAAGGAAAUCGAACUUCACAACAAGAAGUCAAUCAUCAUUUACGUGCCCAUGCCCAAGCUGAAGGCAUUCCAGAAGAUCCAGAUCAGGCUGGUCCGUGAAUUGGAAAAGAAAUUCAGCGGCAAACACGUAGUGUUCAUCGGAGACCGCAAGAUUCUGCCCAAACCCAGCCACAAGACCCGCGUAGCCAACAAACAGAAGAGGCCCAGAUCUAGGACACUGACGUCAGUAUACGACGCCAUCUUGGAGGACCUCGUGUUCCCCGCAGAGAUUGUUGGCAAGCGCAUCCGGAUCAAGCUGGAUGGCUCCCAGCUCAUCAAGGUCCACCUUGACAAGAACCAGCAGACCACUAUUGAACAUAAGGUGGACACCUUCCAAUCGGUAUACAAGAAGCUGACGGGGCGCGAAGUUACCUUUGAAUUCCCCGAACCCUACUUGUAAACUUAGGAAUAUGACUUUACAAUAAACACCAUAAAAAAAAUGAU